AUGCUGACACCAGCAGACCUUUCCUCAAGUCAGAACAGAAUGCCUCCUAAGGGUUCGAAGGGCUCGCCGGCCAAGCAGCCUCCGCCCGCCAAGGUCCCUGCGGCCGACGUUGGGCAGCUCGAGUCCAUCAUGCAGAACAUGUCGAUUCGCCAGGACUUUGUUCUUGCUGACGCCCACCCUCGUCCCGGCUACGGUACCCAGGGCCAGCCGGUGAAGGUUACCGCAAACAUGUUCCCCGUUCGCUUCAACAAGCCCAACCUCUCUAUCUACCACUACGAUGUGGAGAUCACGCCCGUCGUCAAGGUCCAGAACCAGAAGAUGCCGAAGAACCUCGCCAGCAUGGUCUGGCGUCAGGCGUGCAUCGACGGAAUGUCUCGUCCUGACAGCGUCGCCUUCAAGAACGCCGUGUUCGACAACCAGAAGAACGUCUACACCAUCGACAAGUUCGAGCUCGGCGAGAACGGGAAGCUCCAGAUGGUUGUUGCUGUCCCCGAGCCUGACAAGACGGAGGUCGACGAUCGCCGCCGCUUCAAGCUCUCCGUUCAGCCUGCCGAGGACCGCGUCGGUAACCCCAAGGUCGUCUCGAUCUCGGACAUCACCAAGUUCUGUCUCGCCAAGGGCGAGGUCCUGUCCAACAUGGAGGGUGUCCUGACGGCGAUGCAGGCCAUCAACAUCCUCCUGCGUGACGACCCCAUGACCAAGUACACUCCUAUCGGCGCUCGAGGUCGCUUCUUCGGUCUCCAGGACCAGACCCCGAUCAGCGGCGGUGGUGUCGUGGGCAAGGGCUUCACCCAGUCCUUCCGCCCCACCUCCAAGGACGGCUACGGCGCUAUCCAGCUCGAUACCGCGUUCACGGCCUUCUACCAGUCUGGUAGCCUCGUCAAUCUCGCGACCGAGAUUCUCGGUCUCGGAGGCGGCGGCGGUGGUGGUGGUGGCGGUCGUGGCGGCCGAGGUGGACCUCGCGGAGGCCGUGGUGGCCGUGGAGGUGGUCGUGGUGGUCCCCCUCAGCAGGGCGGAGGUGGCCCUGCCUCACUCCAGGAGAUCACUGCCCAGCAGGGCCGUCGCCUCUCGAAGCUGCUUUAUGGCAAGAAGUUCACCCUUCCCUACCGGCAGUUCUCCAUCAAGCGCAUCUCGUCUGCAGCCGCCGCGGACAUCAAGUUCCUGAUGAACGGUCGCGAUGGCGCCCCGGACCGCAACAUUGGCGUCAUCCAGUACUUCAAGGAGCAGUACAACAUUACCAUCACGAAGCCCCGCCUUCCCUGUGUUGUUUAUGGAAAGAACUUCAUGGUCCCGAUGGAGCUCGUGCACAUGUCCGACUUCAACACGAUCAACUUCUCCGACCUCACCUCUGACCAAGCUGCUGACAUGAUCCGCGUCGCUGCCCAGAAGCCUACUGCUCGUCUUGAGGCUAUCAAGCGCUGGUACUCUGUUCUCGACUACAACAACGUUCCCAAAAUCAAGGCCUGGGGCGUGGAGGUCAACAACUUGCCGAUGAACGUCAUGUCCCGCGUUCUCCCCUCGCCAAAGGUCACUUAUGGUCAGGGCAAGACCGUUCCCACCAACUUCGGUGCUUGGAACCUCAAGAGUGUCAAGUUUGCUGAGCCAGGCAACACGCUCAAGUCGUGGGCGAUUCUGUCGCUCGACCGCUACUGCGGGCCGCCUGAGAUGGAGAACUUCAGGCGUCAGCUUGUGCAGACGAUGAAGACGUACGGUAUCGCUCUCACCAACGAGAACCCUCCUUGCGUCACCGCUCGGCACCAGAGCCUCAAGGACAACUUCUCCGAGGCGUGCAAGGAGGCGUACAUGAAGGGCGGCAAGCAGGAUCCUCAGCUGAUCAUCGUCAUCAUGCCCCGUCGCGACGUCGAGCUGUACAAGAACAUCAAGACUGUCGCUUCCAUGUCUCUCAAGUCCUGGGUGCCCACUCAGUGCCUGCAGUGGACCAAGAUCCGCAGCCCCAAGGGACAAGACCAGUACUUCGGCAACGUCUCGUUGAAGAUUCAGAGCAAGCUCGGCGGUGUUACUCACGACGUGAAGCUCGCGCUCGAGAAGGACACCAUGAUCGUCGGUGCCGAUGUCACCCACCCGCCUCCCACGCGUGGCCUUAUCCAGCCCUCUAUCGCCGCUUCCGUUGCCGGCAUGAACUCCAACAACAACAAGUUCGAGUCCAGCAUCCGUCUGCAGGAGGGACGCCUCGAGAUCAUCGGCCGUCUCCAGGAGAUGAUGGAGGAGCACCUGCGCACCUUCCAGAAACACAACCGCGACCCUCCCAAGCGCAUCAUCUUCUUCCGCGAUGGUGUCGACGAGGGUCAGUACAAGAAGGUCUGCGAGCAGGAGUUCGCCGCGGUCAAGGCUGCUGCCAAGGCUUGUGGCGGUCCCAAGUACAACCCGACUGUCACUUUCGUCGUUUGCGCCAAGAGGAGCGACGGCGACCGUUCGGGCAACCUGAAGGCCGGCACUGUGGUCGAUGUCGACGUCACUCACCCCUUCGCGUUCGACUUCUACCUCCAGGCGCACGCCGGUCUCCAGGGCACGGCUCGUCCUACCCAUUACGUUGUUCUCCGUGAUGAGAACAACUUCAACGCCGACGCCAUGCAGAGGCUCUGCAACGACCUCUCGUACACCUACCUCCGUGCUACUCGAGCUGUCUCGAUCGUCCCCGUCGUCUACUAUGCCAACAUCGUGUGCGCGCAGUCGCGCAACAUGACUUAUAAUGACGACGAUGUGUCCGACACUACUACCUCGUACUCGGGCAGUGGCGUCAAGCAGCCCAAGGACGCGGCUUUCGACCCGAACCUCAUCGCUAAGCGCCUUAACAAGUCCCCUGUGAAGGAGGUGGCCUGGUUCAUGUGA